AUUCUUCAGUCCACCAAUAUUGUCAGAUCUGAAUUAAUCCAUGACGAAGGCAGUGUGGUCACGAGGUUAAGAGCGGGCGGUACUGAGAAUAAUGUCCAGCACGCAGCAUUGAUGGCACGUCCGACGUGGUGACUCGAAUUGAAUGUUGGUACAUAGGCGGUGCUAGAUCCAAAAAGGAAAUACGUCGGGGCCACUUAAAGGUCAAAGCGCUUUUGUCCGGACCAUCCUCUGAUCCUCUUAGACAAAGAAAUCCAGUGGCCAAAGCGACAAAGGCCCUUUCAUUGCAUUGACAUCUCGAGAUCAAAGCAAGCUAAUUCGAAAGAACGUAUUUAGUGAGUGCAUGAAAGCGGGAGUGAACUCAACAACGAAGACACACCCGAGAAGAACACCUUCAGCCUAUUCACGUCCGCCAGCCAAUUAUACUCCAGUCCACCCACGCCAGCACUCACGUAUUAUGCCGCCACGUACUACACGCAAUAGCCAAGGCCUAAGAACCGCGGUUGUAGCCCCACGAUGCGCACGACGUGCAAGAGCCCCUGUCGCUGCUCAAGCCCGGCGCGCCACAACUUCCACUGCCAAUGAUGCGGAAUGCCCUUCAAAGAAGAUUCAGUGGCUGAAGUGCAGGGACCAAUAUGGUGUUCCUGUGAUCGUCAAGUACUCUGAUACUGGGGAAGGCAUACACAUGGUGUGGGACUGGUCUGGGAUAGACGAAAACUCUCCUACCUCGGACGAAGACGAUGACACCAUGGACACGGACCUGGGUACACCGCCACCCAGUACCGCCAGCAAAUCGAUCCACACCCCACAACAGCGACAUCCAUAUGACGCGGGCUCCGUCCUACGAACGCCAGUGAAGAGGGCUAAGCCACUGCAACCCAGCCCGACUCGUUUCGGCGACAAAGAUGUUCACUGUUCUCACGAGUACCCUAUAGGAAACAACGGCAACUACAGAAUGAUCCUCAACCAUGAAGUGGGCUCAAGCGUUAACUUGUCGAGAGAGGAGGUGGAACGACUUCGUGUUAUUGAAGAUGAGAAAAUCUUCUUUGCGCAACUGGAAAAGUUGAUGGCUGAGAGAAGCGCAAUGUGCUUGGGAGAUGGAGUCUGGGAGGACGCGACGAUGGACGAACUCUCUCCAAAACGUCGAGUGCAGACCGCCGGUCCAGGGGGUACGAUUCUUCUCUCUGGAGAGCCAGUCCAUCAACCGAACCACGGCAAGGUUCGCGCUAAUAAUCAAGCACUACUCUCCAACUAUAAAACUGGUUCCAACGGGGAGUUACGCGAUCGCCGCGGUCGUCCAGUGCUUGGUCCUGAAGGAACGGUCUUUAUCGACCCCACGUUUUGUCCAGCGAAGCGACCUGGUCUUCAUGUGCCGGUAGUCGCAAAGGAAGACGACGACGAAGACAUGGAAGACGGAGGCACCAAUCAAACUCCCUCAGACGGUCGCCACUACGUCAACGCCAUGCCGAUCAGGCGUGGCCCGCAUCCGUCACCAAAGCCACUUGGUCCUGAACCAACCGAGUUGGUCAUUUGUUGAUCGACGACAUACAUCUUGUUUAGUGCAUAUGGCCUAAUAUGUAGAAUAUCGAGUCAUUCGUACUGCCUGAUCCCCCGCAUGCGUACGCACAUACCCUACUGCCAUACGAUGAACACGUUCCUUACCCUGUUUUUCUACUUACCGCGUCAUUGUAGACGGGCAUUCCUGGAACUGGAUGCCACAUGUAUUACCCUGAGCUCCGUUAAAUUUGUAUCAUAGCAGUGGCAAAAU